CAUAGUGUUUUCAUGUGUGACUGUUAUUUCAUUUUUAAAAAUGCAGCAGCUAAAACAUGCAGGUUUUAUUUUUUUGUUGUUCUUUCUAAUUGAAUCCCUUACUCUACCUACAAAGCCUCAGGAUGUCGAUAACAUUAAUGUUAGCCGGAAAUUUAUAGAUGAGAACCUUGCAUCCAUGGCCAUCAUUACAUUUGCUCAGUAUGUCCAGGAAGCAACAUUUGAUGACAUGGAAAUGCUGAUCAGAGAUGUGAUGAAGUACAGAGAUAAGUGCUUGGAGGGCAAGACUCUUCCAGAGUGUUCACAACUGGCUAAUGAUAUGUUACAGGAAAUGAUAUGUUCCAUGGAGGGGCUGCCUCAAAAGUAUAACUUUUCACACUGCUGUAGUAAAGUUGACUUUAAAAGAAGACUCUGUUUCUUAUAUAACAAGAAAGCCAAUGUAGGAUUUCUGCCUCCUUUCCCUACUCUGGAUCCUGAAGAGAAAUGUGAGGCUAUUAAAAAUGCCAGAGACUCUUUUUUAAAUCAAUACAUAUAUGAAGUUGCCAGAAGGAAUUCCUUUGUCUUUGCCCCUACACUUCUAACCGUUGCUGCUCGCUUUGAAGAGGUGACAAAAACUUGCUGUGAAGAACAACAGAAAGCCAACUGUUUUCAAGCAAAAGCCAUACCCAUUACACAAUAUUUAAAAGCAUUUUCUUCUUAUCAAAAAUAUGUCUGUGGGGCCCUUAUGAAAUUUGGACCCAAAGUCUUAAACUCUAUAAACAUUGCUGUGUUCAGUAAAAAAUUCCCCAACAUUGAAUUUAAGGAACUUACCUCUCUCCUAGAAGAUGUUUCUUCCAUGUAUCAUGGGUGCUGUGCAGGAGAUGUUUUGCAGUGCAUUCGUGACCAGAGCCAAGUUAUGAGCCAUAUUUGUUCAAAACAAGAUUCUAUCUCCAGUAAAAUCAAAGAGUGCUGUGAGAAGAAAAUACCAGAACGUGAAGACUGCAUAAUUAACUCAAAUAAAGAUGACAGACCAAUGAAUGUGUCUCCAACUGAAGCAAAAUUUACUGGCAGUGAACAUAUGUGCCAAGAGAGAGACACUGACCCAGAUGACUUCUUUGCCAGGUUUCUUUAUGAAUACUCAAGGAGCCAUUCAGACUUGUCCACACCAGAACUUUUGAGAAUUGCUGGGGUAUACAAGGAUCUUUUGGCAGAUUGCUGUGACCGAGAGACACUGACUGAUUGUUACCAUCAUAUGGAAAUCAAAUUCAAUGUGACAACUGGGAAAAGCCUCCAAAUGGUACAACAAGAAUGUGAACAUUUCCAAAAUUUGGGACAGGAUGGCUUGAAAUACCACUACUUUAUUAAGCUCACAAAGAUAGCCCCCCAGCUUUCUACUGAAGAACUGAUCUCUCUUGGCAAUGACAUGGUGACAGCUCUGAUUACCUGCUGCACACUAAGUGAUGAGUUUGCCUGUGUUGAUGAUUUGGCAGAUUUAGUUCUUGGAGAAUUAUGUGGAAUAAAUGAAAAUCGAACUAUCAAUCCUGCUGUGGACCACUGCUGUACAGCCAAUUUUGCCUUCAGAAGGCCUUGCUUUGAGAGUUUGAAAGCUGAUAAAACCUAUGUGCCUCCCCCACUCUCUCAAGAUUUAUCUGUUUUUCCUGCUGACUGGUGUCAGUCUCAGAAUGAGGAGCUCCAAGGAAAGAAAAACAGGUUUCUUAUCGAGGCGGUGAGGCUGCGGCCUCAGCUCGCUGACAAGGAGCUGCUGUCUGUGCUGGCACGUUUCAUCAGCGGGGUGGAGAAGUGCUGCGCGGUUCCAGAGCCGGAAGCCUGUUUUCGUGAAGAGAGACAAAACAUCGGCUAGUAAAGCCAGGCUACUUAAGAAACAUGAAAUACAGAGCUCCAUAGCAAAGACCAGCAUAUAGGCUUCCUAUGUUUCCAGUAAUGAAUUUCAUUCCUGAGAAGAACACAGCAAAAGGAUUCUUCUGUACUUGAAAUCAUGCUAUUGGUGCAAGCAAUAAAAUAGAAGUAUAGUUAUUUUUUACCUUGGUGUCACCUAUCACAAAAUUAAACAAUCAUCAUGCAUUCAGUCUGUCAAU